UUCCCUCUCAAAACUAACUUCCACCUCCACCACCCCAACUUCCCUUUCCUCCGCCUCUCCCCCCAGCUCUCCGCUGCCACCCCACCACCAUGUCAUCCCCACAUUCACCCUCCCAUGAAGGCCAUCAUGACAACCACCACCUCCCCACCACCACACCUCCUCCGCCAUCACCACCGUCUUCCCUCAAAACCAAACGUUGUAAAUUGUCGACCACUUUUUCCAACUGGAAAGGCGUCAAAUUCAUUCCCUUCAUCAUCUCCGUCUCCAUAGGCAUCAUCUUCAACUUUGCAGUCCCAAAGCCUCACCAGUUAUCAAGAAAAUCAUGGCAACUUCUUUCCAUCUUCCUCACAGCAAUAUCUGGCCUGAUCUUGAGUCCUCUGCCUGUUGGCGCCUGGGCAAUGUUCUGCCUAACUCUGACGGUCAUAACUAAAACACUAACUUUCAUGCAGGCGUUUUCCGCCUUCACGAACGAGGUCAUUUGGCUCAUUGUUAUCUCUUUUUUCUUCUCCAAAGGUUUUGUGAAGACGGGUCUUGGGGAGAGGGUGGCGAUGAUGUUCGUGAAGUGGCUGGGGAAGAAUACUCUGGGGUUGUCUUAUGGGUUGGUUUUGAGCGAGGCCGCGAUUUCUCCGGCCAUGCCGAGUACUACUGCUAGAGCUGGGGGGAUAUUUUUGCCCAUUAUUAAGUCAUUGGCAGAGGCAAGUGACAGUUUUCCCAAAGAUGAGUCUGCUAGGAAGCUGGGGGCUUAUCUGAUACAGUCUCAAUUACAGUCUUCAAGCAGCUCAAGUGCCCUUUUCCUGACUGCUGCAGCUCAAAACAUGUUGUGUUUCAAAUUAGCUGAAGCUCUUGUGGUUGAAAUUUCAAAUGGAUGGGUUACCUGGCUUAAGGGGUCCUGCGUACCUGCGAUUGUCAAUCUAUUAGUUACUCCAUUCCUAGUAUACAAGAUGUUUCCUCCUAAAAUAAAAUGUACACCUGAUGCUGCUGUCAUAGCUAAGCAGAAAUUGGCUCAGAUGGGUCCUUUGAAGAGGGAAGAAUGGUUUAUGAUCGCAACCAUGCUUAUAACUGUUGCACUUUGGAUCUCUGGAACGGCUCUUAACAUAUCAAGUGUCAUAGCAGCAUUGCUAGGUUUGUCAUUACUUCUGCUGUUGGGGGUGCUUGAUUGGAAUGACUGCCUGAGUGAAAAGUCAGCAUGGGAUACCUUGGCUUGGUUUGGGGUUCUGGUGGGCAUGGCAAGCCAAUUAACUGCUCUUGGUGUUAUACAAUGGUUGUCCGGUCGUGUAGCGCAUUUUCUUAAAUCCCAGUCAAUAGGCUGGUUUGGAUCAUUUUUUAUCCUCCAAUUGGCAUAUUUCUUUGUCCACUAUCUAUUUGCAAGUCAAACUGCCCAUGUUGCAGCUUUAUACUCUGCAUUUCUUGAAAUGCAUUUGGCAUCUAAAGUUCCAGGUCAGUUAGCUGCUAUGGCCCUGGCAUACAACACAAACCUUUUUGGUGCAUUGACACACUAUAGCAGUGGUCAGUCUGCUGUCUAUUAUGGAGCUGGUUAUGUCAGACUCAAUGAUGUUUUUAAGCUGGGUAUAGUCAUGGCUCUCAUCAACCUUAUAACGUGGGGAUUGAUUGGAUUGGGCUGGUGGAAAGCUUUGCACUUUUACUGACACUAAAAUCAAGAGCUGAAAAGCUUAUUUACAAAGCUCAUCCACUGAUUUUUCAUGAGCUGGCUGAAGAAUGCUGUUUGUAAGCCUUGGGAAAGCGACCAUUCAAUUCUUACCAUAAGGGGAAAAGAUCAUGCCACUGAUGAAGCAUCAAAGAUCUUGUCUGUCUGUGUGAUCUUGUGGCUACUUAACAUUUAAGAAGACUUCAGAGGUCAUGCAAUUGUGAAGACUUUGCGGAGAUCCCAUUCCCUGGAAUUUGCUUCUUUUAGUUCUGGGAAAUGGUUUUGGAGUACAAAAGCAUAUACUACAUAAGAAACUGUUAAACUUCUUUUCUUUUACUUACAAAGGGGUACCUUAGUGUACAGGGCUGGUGUUUGUUUUGUAGUUUGGUUCUGAUGACAAUAUCAUUAUUCACAUGUACAGACAUAAUUUAACUGAUACAUUUUUGUUUUCGUUUCACACCUUUGAAUCUGAACCUUAAAUAAGUCAAAAUUAUCAUUUA